GCCCACAAAUUUUGUGAAUGAGUCUUAUGCAAUUCUUCCCCCUGGCCUCAGGAUGUCGCUGCAGUUCCAGCACACCUUUGCCUUCUGGUUACAUCUGGGGGUUUUUUUUUUUUCAUGCGGCGGUGCUGCUUCAGUGCCUUUAAAAUAUGGGUCUAGUUCCACUUUUAACACCCGUGCUCCAUGCAUACUUUUCCAUUUUCGCAAACACUUUGUUUAGACCACACCAUACGUGUCCUACAUUUAUAAUAUGAGGCGGUUAUGUAUGCUGUGGACAAUUUUCGCAUCUCAUGGACGUAAGUUGGGGCGCUCGGAUACAAAUCCCUCCCCGAGACCCGCCUCGCUCAUUCAAUUGGUCUGCCCCAAACCUGCUUCAUGCAGUCCGCCGCCUGUCACUCAACGCCGCUCUUCCCUCCUCCGCCUCGCUUGGCAGCAUCCAGGAGUGUUGCCCACCUUAUUCCUGCGACGGGCAUUUGAUGUGAACAUAUUUACUGCAAGAGCCGCCGGUUCGGCACGAGUUUUUUCUCCGUUAUUACCAGUUUUUUUUUUUUUUGCACUAGCUUUUGUCAUUUACCGCGGGGAUGACUCAGGAUGUAACUGGGUGUUGUCCUGUUGUUUUUAGCUAGGCGGACAAAUUCCUUCAACCAGCCUGCUGUUUCAAUCACUGCCGGCUGUCACUACGUUAGCCGAGGCGCUGUUUGGUUGGGCGAGCUAGCGGGCUAGCAGGGCGAGCACUCCCGAUUGUCUUCGGCCUAAUUUUAGGGGAGGGUUGCGCUGAUGUUGUUGGAAUAACGCCGAAGAGACUGCGGACACAUCAGCUGUCACCGGGUUGGAUGCUGCAGGUCUGAACCACUCUUGACGGAUGGUGAAGAUUGAAUUGGAAAAGGCAGUGACAGAAAAAAAAAAACCUAAAGGGGCUUUAAGUUGCUGCCGUUAGGAACAAAAAAGCAAAAAAAAAUAAUACCUAAGCUGUGUUCAGAGCGGUGCAGUCAGAGGAGAACUUGCUCCCCUUUCCAGUGUGAAUCUCCCGUGAUUUACGGUGGAACAUCCGGGUGAAGUCGCGCUUCUUCCCGGCCGGGGGGACAACUUGACAGCGAGGCCCCUUGGCUAAGUCUCCCCUCCCCCAGCCCCGACCAUCCAUCCAUCCGUCCGUCCAGUCCAGUCCAGUCCAGUCCAGUCCGACUGACCGCCUCCUCCUCGCUUGCCUGAGAGCCAAGCGAGGGCCGGGGAUUCGGGAGAAACGGAAACCAGUGAGCCAGUGUUCGUCAGGUCCCGUUUGAUCCGGGCUGCCACAACCAGGGGGGGAUGACUCUGGAGUCCAUGAUGGCUUGCUGCCUGAGCGAGGAGGCGAAGGAGUCGAAACGAAUCAAUGCAGAAAUUGACAAACAACUCCGCCGAGACAAGCGGGACUCCAGGAGGGAGCUGAAAUUGCUGCUGCUCGGUACGGGAGAAAGUGGCAAGAGCACCUUCAUCAAGCAGAUGAGGAUCAUCCAUGGAGCCGGCUACUCGGAUGAAGACAAGCGGGGCUUCAUCCGGCUUGUUUACCAAAACAUCUUCACCUCCAUGCAGGCCAUGAUCCGCGCCACCGAGAACCUCAAGAUCCCGUACAAAUAUGAACAGAACCGGGCCAAUGCCAUGCUUGUGAAGGAAGUGGAUAUUGAGAAGAUCAAUGGGUUUGAUCAGCACUAUGUCGUAGCUAUUAAAAGCCUGUGGGCUGAUCCGGGAAUCCAGGAGGCCUACGACCGUCGCAGAGAAUACCAGCUCUCCGAUUCCACUAAAUAUUAUCUUUCGGAUCUGGAUCGUAUUGCCGAUCCCAACUAUCUUCCCACUCAGCAGGAUGUACUCAGAGUGCGCAUCCCCACUACAGGAAUCAUAGAGUACCCCUUCGACUUGCAAAGCAUCAUUUUCAGGAUGGUGGAUGUCGGGGGUCAGAGGUCAGAGCGGAGGAAGUGGAUUCACUGCUUUGAGAAUGUCACCUCCAUCAUGUUUCUUGUGGCUCUGAGUGAGUACGACCAGGUCCUGGUGGAGUCCGACAACGAGAACCGCAUGGAGGAGAGCAAGGCUCUGUUCAGGACGAUCAUCACCUAUCCCUGGUUUCAAAACUCUUCAGUCAUCCUCUUCCUUAACAAGAAGGAUCUACUAGAGGAGAAGAUUACUUAUUCGCACUUGGUGGACUACUUCCCUGAAUUUGAUGGUCCCCAGAGAGACGCCCAGGCAGCGCGGGAGUUCAUCCUCAAAAUGUUUGUGGACUUGAACCCAGACAGCGACAAGAUCAUCUACUCCCACUUCACCUGUGCCACGGACACUGAGAACAUCCGCUUUGUGUUUGCGGCCGUCAAGGACACCAUCCUACAGCUCAACCUGAAAGAGUACAACCUGGUGUGAGAGGGGUGGGGACGGUGCUCACGACGCACUUCUCCCCCCUCGCCCAUUGCACAAAGCGCACCCCUCUUUCGGGAACGUGCCGUCAACCCCACACGCAUCGCACAGCGCAGCACUCCGGCUCUCACACACUCAUUCACACACAAACAGAACUGUUGCUUUUUUGAUUUUAAUUUUUAACAAUUUUUUUUUUCUGUCCAGUACGGUGUGUAUUUCCAGGUCCUCCCACCUUGAAUCGUGCCCCUUCUUUCACCAAAGCCGCUCCGUCCUUCUCCUCCUUCUCUCGGCAGCUUGUCGCAUCAGUCUUCGGCCCUUACAAAGCUGCUCCCGGUGUCAGAGCUUGGCAGACAAACCUUUCAGACGGGCUCUGCGGCGGCGACUGGAAGGGAUUUUUUUUUUUUUGUCUUUGGCAUUUGUACUUGGGGCAGUUUUUAUUGGCAAUGAAUUUCGGUGGAGACAAAAAACAACAAAAAGAAAACAGUAAUCUUAGGGCCCCACAGUGUUGACCCUGUCUCCUUUCCUGCCAGUGUGGAAGGCACUGACUGACUUAUCUGGUGAUAUCAUCUGAGAACCAGCGGUGCUGAACACAGACAUGCUCCAGAGCGACGCGGUCCGGAUGUGAGGUCGCGCACCAAACAAAGGGACGGACUGGAGGAUUCUGUCAUCGCCUCGCAUCUAUGAAUGUACCCCAGGUGUGAGCAUCACAAUCGCAAAAAAGGAGAAAUGUAUAUUAUGAAUUUAAUGCAUAUUUAUCCAUCGAAAAUCUGUUGGCGAAAUUGUUUUUUUUUAGCAGAUUUUUACUGAUUUAAACACUAACACUACACAGGCUGAGUCAAGCGGGCAUGAAAGCAGAGAGCGUAUCAAAAAAUUUAGCAAAAUUUUUAAAAAAAGCAACUUAUUUGACAUAAGUAUCCUUUGGAGAUAUACAUUUUUUUUAAGUUCAAGUUUAUCACACGCUUCCCUCCUCCAAAAUGUAUUCUGUAUGAAUUUACAGGGACAAUCUUCCACAUGACGCAGCACGCGAAACCGCUCCAUCAGUACAAAACACUAGUCUCACAGCGGGGCGAAGGGCCCCGCAUUGGAAAGUUUGCAGUCUCAUUCAUGGAGUUGAGCUGCGAGUAGCUAAAUCGGCCGGAAACGCAAAAUGUCCGACGACAUCACACUACCUGACGCGACGCGGCCAUCACUGGCGUCAGGACGUGCUUCUUAUAUUUUGUUUUUACGUUGGGUUUUGUUGAGCAAUUAAAUUAAGGGGGAAGGUAGGAAGAUGCGCCUUUCACAGAAAAUACUCUGAAGUCUGCAAAUUUUUGUGUAUAUUUGUAAAUACAUAUACACAAAACUCUUCUGUACAAAACAAGUGCUCUGUGGUACACCAUCUUUGGUUUUUGAAAAGAAAAAAAAAAAGACUUUCUUUAGCAUACAGUUUUCUCCUAUGAAUUUAUGGUAGUAUUGAUACUGUGAUUAUGAAUUAUGUUCACUUGAUUAAUAGAAUUUCAAAGAGCCACAUGGUGUUGAGGAAAUGAAGUGAGGUGGUGGGGGGGAGUCGGAGAAAAAGACAGCCUCUGAACGCCACACUACUGCAUCAGCUCUGUGUUCAGAGUAAAACUAACUAGGGCUGGUUCAACUAAAAAGAAAAAAAAAAAUCUUCACGGUUAAGGUGAAAGGAUGAUUUUGAGAGUAAUUAAAGAUUUUUUUUAUUUAUAUAAUUUAUGGACCAGGAUGAAGGUGUUGAUAAUUUGACUGCUCGUGUUUCUGUCAUGUUGAAGGGCUCCUUUUCUCAUGGCAGAGCCUAACUUGAGUCUGAACUGCUGUUAAAAAAAAAAUUACAAAACGACAAAAAAAAAAAACAACGAAUGUCUGGUAUAGUAAGAACUUUAUCUCUGCUUUCUAUUUCUUAUAGACAUUUCCAGAUGUACUUGCCAUUACAUUUCCAUCCAUUAUAAUGCUGUUUGUUUGUUUCUUUUUAUCUUAUAUCUUAGGGAGCCCUCACAUGUUUCUUUUUUUCAUAUUUUUUAAUGACAAAUUUUUUUUUCUCGUUGGGUUAUAGAUGCAGCGCUGUAAUACAUACCUAGAAAAAUGUACAGUACAAAAAUAAGUGGACUUUUUUUUUUUAUCAGUGAUUGAAGACCUCUGAGGUCCAUGCUUGCUAUUUGUAACUUAACAAAAGAUAAAACUUUUCUUUUUUGUUUGUUUUGUUUUGUUUGUUUGCUUUUAUUUCCAGUUUUUGGAGGCUUGCUUUGAAUAGUGCCAGUGAAGUGCAGAUAUAUAUAUGUAUAUAUAUAUAUUUUCUUUUGGUCUCAUACACGACCUUUUCUACAAGUGAUUUACCCUUCAUCCUCAUUAAGGGCUAUAUCACAGUGCAUCCGACAGCGGGGAGUGGAGUAAAGGACCACAGUGAACCAAGUCAUCCACUAUUACUACUACUACUUGUUUAGAAAGAGAUUAUUUGCUGUCUGUGCUAUUAAGAAGUAAGGCAGAGUGUUAACACAAUUGUAAGGUGCGUGUAUGUGUGCGAGUAGAGCAUUUUUACCAACACUUAAGAUGCUUUCUUUAAGUAUUUCCUCUGGUUUCUCACCACAUUUCCGUUUGCAUCCGUAUCGCAGUGUUGCUUGUAAUCCAUCAUGGAGUGUUGAGGUGCUUAACAGUACGGACACUGCUACUACUGCUACUACUACCAGGAUAGUAUUGCAUGAUUUCCCCAAGUAUUUGAGUUGUAGCUAGUAAGCCAAGAGAUGUUAUUAAGACCAUACUGGUGUCGUUGCGUAUUGUAACCUGUGUGCAUUUCUGCUUUUAUGGCAGCUGAAGGAGGUCGAAUAGUGGUGAUAAUGAAAAGAUUGAUCUUUUUUAUUCUUUUUUUGGGACUAAAGUGCUGCAGUUUAACAACUGCCUGCCUUCUGAACAGAUCAAUUACGGUGUUCCUUCCCCACUAUAACAUGUAUGUAAUUUUGAGAAAUCUCUUCAUUUUGUGUGGAAGUCAAUUACAUUCAUGCAAAGCAGUGAUAGAAGUCCAGCUAAAAGGAUAGUGUAAGAUUUUUGAAGUGAGACUUUAAGUUGAUAUCUUACAAGCAGUGGAGGAACUUUCAUGUAGCAAAAAUCAAUAUUGCUUGGUGAAGCUUACUGCAAGACUAAGACCAAAGUGGACGUCUGUUGUCUUAAAACGGCACCAAAAGCAUCAGAACUGUAUGCAAAUGUGAAUUUAUAAAGUUCAAAUUGGACUUUUCAACGGGAGAUCAGUUUUUCUAUUCAUCCCUUUAUUGGCUUGAUGUUCAAUUCACCGAUGAGACAGCCGUACAAAGUACACUUCCUGUUUAAUAAGAUCCUGACAUUUUUUAUGCUUCAUCUGGCUGAGUUUUAACAGUAACCAUUUGUAGUACCUAUUAACUUCUUCCUACAGUAACGACGUCCACACUGAAGAGUGUUGGUUGCAGCGUUACCUGGUAUCGGCUAAGAAUGGUGCAUUUGUUGAAAAAAAUAUCUGUUUCUUAUUUGUCGUUUUCAAGAUGAUGUUUUGAUUUAAUUUAAAUUCGGAUUAGUUGGUACCAGAGUCUCAAGCUAACAGCUAAACCAAGAUCAAAGGGGAUUUUUAUCAUGUUGGCAUCAAAACGGCAGUAGCUUAUGCAAACAUUAUUGCAUUAUUUGCAUUGGUUAUUUACACAGGGAUACUGGGAAUGGAGCUUGGAGGCAGUGCGCUGCCACUGAUCGUAUACUGAAAACAGAACAAGUAAAGUGUUUUCGGUCAUAGUAGUAUUAUGGUAUAAAUCAAGAAGCGAAAAGAAAACGGGUCAAGUGAACACUGGUCUAAUUUUUCCACUGCAUUAGUUUUCUGACUGGAAAUGCUUCACAUGUUUUGUUCUCAGUUCAUAUUUCACACAGGAAGCUUAUUAGUGGCGCACCGCCUGCUACCUCAAAUUUCCCAAGCAAGUAAUCGGCUUCUGCUUAAAUGGCCAGCAAAGGCUUACAUGAUGAUGAUGAUGAUGAUGAUGAUGAUUUAAAUGUUCAUAAAAUAGUUUGCAUCCAUCACAAAUACCAUAGAAGUCCACUUUGUUCUUUGUUCUUCUCGGACUAACCAUUAUCUUGACAUUUGCCCCCGAUUUAUACUAAAUGAAGCUUCUAGGAUUAUUUUCUCCGGGAAAGAUUUUAAUGAGUUAAAACGCUUCAACAGAACCUGACGUUUAUAAUCCUUCAACCAUCUUUCUGUUACAGCGGAAAGACGGCGGAGCUAGUUUCCAAUGUAAUCAGGUUUAAAAUAUGCAACAGUGCACCAGUAUGGCAUUGCCAUUUUCUCUGCAGAAAAUGGCACUAACCUCACGCUGAGGAGUGACUGCUGCUGUGACUGCUGUCAUAUAGAGAGGAUCAGGAUGCCAGUAUGCAUAACCAAGUGUUUUAUCACUAGUGUUAGUUCUACUUUUUGCCGAGCGCAGCUCACCCAAACGGUUUCCCGACCAUGAAUUUGCUAACUUGACUCUACAACCCUGACACGUGGUGAAGGCUCAGGUGGCUGCUGGUGUGGAUGCGUUCGAGUUAGCAGUCUCAUUUUUCCUUUCUGUUUUGGACAUGUAAUUAUUUCAACAUAACCAAGCAGGAAAGAGGGAUGCAAUUCAGUCUCCCAUCACUCAUGACCAUGUUUUAUUAUCCUCCUUUCACACUACAUUACUUAUUUAUUGCCUUGAGUUAAGAGAGAUGGCCCUUUACAAUGUUUCUGAAAGCUUGCUAUUAAACUAAGGGAAUCAGACUUAUCUCUUAUACAUCUUUAUAGAGUUGGACACUCAGCCCAAAGCUUGUUCCUCGUUUUUUUUUUAAUUUAAUAUAAACAAUUCCUGAACACUGUCUUUUUUUUUUUUUUGGACCACUUCAUUUACUUUUGUUUCCUCACUCCAGUAAAAGCUGAAUUUCAAUCAUGUAGUGGUUUGUAUAACGUGAUUUUUUUUUUUUUCCUUUUUGUUUUAUUUUAUAUCUGAACCAACAUGUAAAUGAUGUAUUAUUCUGAGUGUGCCAACCCCACCCUCCAGAGCCAGGCUCUCUCUAAGUGCCAAUGAUGUGGUCGCUAUCAGAAGGACCACCAUUUGAGACGGGGGCUGAGGGGGCUCCCCUUUGUAAAACAAACCAGAGACUAAAGUGAUAAUUAUGAACACACCAAGAUCUUAUUCUGUAUUUAAGAUUGAUUUGAAAGAUAAUCUGCUCUUUUUUUUGUUCGUAUUUUUAAAGAAACUGUAAUUAUAUUUGCAUGUGGUGUUUGUUUUUGUGUUGAAAGUGAGGGCUUGGAUGUUUUUCACUGAAGUAGAGCCCUUCUGCUGAACAGGGUUCAAUCAGUUGGUUAUUAUUGAUUUACAAUAACUCUUGCCAUAUUUUUUUUUAUUUGUUUCAUGUAUUUGUUUCAGCCACUGUUGCCUGAUCCUCAUUCAAACAUGAACAUGACUUAUGAUCAUUGUCGCCUUCUAAGAGAGAAACAUAAUGACAAGGUAUCUGUUUUAAAUUGAAAUAAAUUUGUUCCUAUACUUGC